GUUGGUGCGCGGCGGAGGGGCGUGGCGCGGGAGGCGCCGUCGGUUGGCCGGCGGCGGGCGGGGGCGGGCCAUGGCGCUGCUGCUGUGCCUGGCCCUGACAGGGGCGCUGGCCCGCGGCUGCUUGCACUGCCACGGCAACUUCUCGGAGAAGUUCUCCUUCUAUCGCCAUCACGUGAACCUCAAGUCCUGGUGGGUGGGCGACAUCCCCGUGUCGGGCUCGCUGCUCACUGACUGGAGCCAGGACACAGUGAAGGAGCUGCACCUGGCCAUCCCCGCGGAGAUCACCUGGGAGAAGCUGAACCAAGUGGCGAACGUCGUGUACCAGAGGAUGGAUCAACUGUACCAGGGGAAGCUGUAUUUCCCUGGAUAUUUUCCCAACGAGCUGCGAGCUAUCUUCCGUGAGCAGGUGCACCUCAUCCAGAAUGCCAUCAUCGAAAGCCGCAUCGACUGUCAGCGUCACUGCGGCAUCUUCCAGUACGAGACCAUCUCCUGCACCAACUGCACGAACUCACACGUCGUCUGCUUUGGCUACAACUGCGAGUCGUCUGCAGAGUGGGAGACAGCAGUGCAGGGCCUCCUCCAGCACAUAAAUAACUGGAGCAAACAGAACACCAACACAAGCUUGAUAUCACCAAGCUUCAGGUGUCUGGAGCCCCCGCACCUGGCCAACCUGACUCUGGAAAACACCUCCAAGUGCCUGAUGCAGCACUGAGGGCGGCCAGGCCAGCGAGACCCGCCCCCGCCACGGUGCGGGGCCUCCGCUGGACCGCCUCGGCCUGGUGCUGUGGAGCAGGCCUGCUGCUGUCUGGGUGCUCCACCCACCUCGGAGCCCCGGCUAGGCUGGGCUGGGCUGGGGCUGGGAGGACGGGAAGGGAGGUAGAUGGGUUUGUAUAUAGCGGCGGGAUCACAGCUGUCUGAGGGAAUGAUUAAAUAUCCCUGACAUUUCUCAUCC